AAAAGGGGUUCAUGCAUUAAAUUCACAUCCAACAACACGACACUUGCCAUCAGUCCCUUUUUUCGUCCAUCCGCACGCCCUACUGCCCCCAUGUUGGCAUAGCUCGGUCCCCCAAUCAACAGUCUCCAAGGGGUCUGGUCGGGAUUUGCUCAUGCGCGACGCACCAUGGUCUACUGCGGAAAGCCAAGCCGGGGGUGUGAGAAUUGCAGAAAACAUCAUAAAAAGUGUGAUGAAAAACGCCCUGCUUGCUCAAGGUGCCUGAAGUUGAAGCGGACGUGUCUCGGCUACCGAGACCAAAUAGAUCUCAUAUUCCGCGAUGAGACCAGUCAGGUACAAGCCCGAUCCCGGCAACGGCGUGCAUGCACCGGCACCUCGUCAAACUGUAUCCGGCUCCACACCUCGUCAUGGUCCCAUGCCUUUGCAGAUGUGCUGCAAUUGCCUAUCACAUUGUCACCGUCCAUGGAAGACACAGUAGUAUCCCAUUUCUACCAUACAACGCUCGAGACUAUCUCGGACGAGGAUCCUGUGCAUUUCUUGCACUCACAACUGCCGAGUCUGUACGCGAGAGGAAGUCCAAAGUCUGCGUUACGGCUAGCAACGGAGGCGAUUUCUUAUGCUGCGUCUAGACAGUAUAUACGACAAGGCGCUCUGGUGGCCAGAGAACGAUAUGUCAAGGCUGUCAAAGCAAUACGACAAGCAGUACAGGAUCCAGUAGAAGCGCAGGACCCAGCAGUCUUAUAUGCCAUACUUCUUCUCAGCGGUUUUGAGACUAUGAUUGGGGAUUUAGAAAGCCCCUUGGCAUGGGGUACACACCUCGACGGAGCUGCCGCUGUUGCAAGGAUACAAGUUGCCAGUCAUGGCAACUCGGCCUUGUCACGCGGGAUCUUUGGCUUCAUCCUCAAAGGCACUGUCCUCAUCCAUAUGCAAUCAUGUCAGCCCAUGGGCGAAACCUCUGUAUUGUUUAAUGCGACUGCUACGACUUCGCACCAGAACCCGGAGGGGGCACUCUUCUCCUUGGCGGCCAAGAUACCAAAUCUUCAGCACAAAAGUAGCCACAUUCUCGCGCGAUCUCCAGCAGUCGAGCAAAGUCAUGUCCAACGGCUACUCCAAUGCGCUAGACGCAUAGAUCAGGAUCUACUAGACUGGGCCGAUGCCGUUCGCGAGACCUGGCCCUACAUUGUGGCCGUAGACAUCGAUCAGCUGUCCGACUUGAGCUACACUCCGCGCGAGAUCCACAGGUAUCCGAGCUUCUACACUGCCCGGGUCUGGAAUUGCUAUCGCGUGUCAAGGCUGAUUGUGCAGUCGAUACUCCACCGUGCCAACGUUCGCUUAUCUACGUUCGAGGGGGCAAGCAACAACGCUCACCAUGAAAUCGAGGAAAGCGAAGAACAGAGUAACAUGUUGGUGAAUGAUAUAUGCGCGAGCGUUCCUUUUCUCCUGGGCAACGAUCUAUCAAGGAUGAAGCUUCUGUCCCCAACAAGCAUCGUGGCGGCGAUAGAGGCCAAGAACAGGGAACACGCACCAGCUACUGGGAGAUUCUCGCUCAUCUUGCCCCUUCGCGUCGCGUGCAGCGCUUCAUCAGUACCGAGAGCUCAAAAAGAAUGGAUACAUCUGCAGCUGCAGCUUAUGGCCGAGUGCGGUGAGCCACAGGCGCGUCUUGCUGGUUUAACAGGCAGCCAGAUCCUUCGAGGAGGCUCCGACUCGAUCCGUUUUGACUGCGUAUGAUUGCUCAAAAUACCACGGUGAGAAAAGAGCUCUGAGACGGAAGUGAGACCCCCUCCCUAAUUCAGAAUACCUAUAAUAGUACGCCAUGCCAGUUAUAAUAACGUGAAUAGUUAGUUUAUAUAUCUUACUUAAUAUCCCAAGGGCUACGUAGCACCAUUCCUUUCCUUCUAAAUAAUAGCCUUACAAACUGCUAACAUUGCCUGUCCGAACAACCUGGGAGCCCUAGACACGGAGGGCGUUCAAGCUGUGAAGCCACCGUUUGUCAAACCGUUUG